UUACCAAUACAUUCUAUUUAGUAUUAUUGUUGUACACUCUUUGCAAACACCCUUAAAGAAGUAUUUAAACCCUAUUAUUCCCCAACAAAAAGAACAAAAUUGCAAGAGAGACAAUUUAUAUAUUCUCCUCACUGAUUCUUGUGUCUCAAAGGUAUCUUCUACCAAAAUGGAGGACCAUAUAGAAAAAAUUCUAUUCACUGAACACCAAAUUUCUGAACGAAUUACGGAACUUGCUUCCGAAAUUACCCUCAACUUUUCUCCAUAUACCAUUACCAACAAUGAAGAGGCUUUACUUUCUUCAAACUCUUCAUGGGCUGCUCCGGUUGUUGUUGGUGUUGCUACUGGUGCUUUUCUAUUCCUAGCUGACCUUGUUCGCAAAAUCAAGCUGCCCAUUUCUGUUGAUUUUGUUAGGGUUGAAUCUUAUGGCUCCGGGACUGUCUCCAGUGGCAAACCAAAGAUUUCUUGUGACUUGAAAAUUGAUGUUACUGGAAAACAUGUCAUUUUGGUUGAGGACAUUGUGGAUACAGGAAACACAUUGUCCUGCCUCAUUAAACACUUGAAAUCUAAAGGGGCAUCCUCCAUUUCAGUGUGUACUCUCCUUGAUAAACCAUCAAAGAGGAAGGUUAAUUUCGAACUUGUGGGAGAGGGGAAGUUCUACUGUGGUUUUGAGUGUCCAGAUUAUUUUGUGGUUGGCUAUGGAUUGGAUUUUGCUGAGCUUUAUAGGAACUUACCCUACGUGGGGAUCUUGAAACCUGAGAUGUACAGUUAAUUUCUUUGGCACAAAUCAUUAUUCCAUACAAGGAAAGCUCUUGAAUUUAUUGGAUACAGUCAACCUUUUGCUGAUUACAAGGUGCAAUACCUGAUUUUGUGAAUCAGAGGCGAAUGAUAGCUUUGUUUUCUUUACCCUGCUCCACCCUCCUCCCCAGCCCCUGCACCCUCCGGUGGCUAGCACCAGUUAUUCUUGUAAUGUACUUACUCCUGCAUAUUCAGCGUGUGGCGCUUCUCUUAUACCUAUGAAUUGAAUCAUUUUCCCUACUUUUUCCUCA